AUGAGUCUCUACCAGCUUCCCCUCAACCGGGUUAUUGAGAGGCGGUUAUGUCGGGAAUACUACGCCAGUACCGACCCCAAGCUCAUCGGACCGGGCGGAAGCGUUGAUGAGGACCUAUGCAAAGUCGACUCGGUUCAGACGAGCCUAGGCUGGAUCCAGGGCGUGAUGGACACUAUUUGGAUUGGUGGAGACUUUGCCAUGACCAUUCCCCUCAGCUUCCUGGCAGAGAAAUGGGGUCGCCGCACAGUUCUCCGCCUCAACCUGGUGUCCCGGGUGUUUAUGCUGUCAUGGGCCGUCAUUGUCGGCUAUUUUGAUCAGCUGCUACCAACCAAGGCCAUUAUCGUUGGCCCGACCCUCUCGGUCUUGGGUGGAGAUUGCGUCUUCAACUCCAUCACGUAUGCUCUCGCCUCCGACCUCACCGACGACCACGUCACGCGGGCCAUUUACUUUGGCUAUAUGAGCGCCGUCUCAUACGUCGUUGCUUUGCUUGGUCCGGCGUUGGCCUCUGCUACGAUGACUGCCUUGCUCUGGCUGCCGUUCUGGCUUGGGCUAAUCCUGCUCUUGCUUGCCGUUCCUACCAUCCUCAUGCUCCCAUCAUCUACAGAAUCCUUGGAUAGCGAGCCCAUUCCGGACGAGGAGCAAAGAGCACCUCUCUUGUCGUCCCCACUUCUCAAGGCGCAGGAUGCCCAGCCAUCCCUACUCAACUCCACGGUCCAGCGGUUUCGCACUCUCCAUACCAUCGUCACAAGCCACCCCAGAAACUUUUCAUUACUGCUCAUCAGUUUUCUCCUCACGUCGCUCGCCAGCUCCGACACUAAGCUGCUCGUCCAGUACAUCUCCAAGAGAUAUCGUUGGACUUUCGCUUCGGCUGGCUACUUGCUUUCGGGUAAAGCCGUUGUAAACUUCACCCUACUCACCGUCAUCAUCCCCAAAUUCCUGCUGUCAAGACGUGUUACCAGAGGCUCCAUCUCGAGGGUCGAAAGUGCGGACAGCGCAAAUGUUCGAUACGCUAGCGUCUGCCUCAUCGUCUCCGUGCUUGGCGCGCUGGGGAUCGCCGUCGCUGCGGAGAUAUGGAUGCUAAUCCCGUGCCUCUUUCUGUACGCUCUCGGAUCUGCCCUUCCAAUCUUCACCCUCUCACUGCUCAAAUCGCCAGCGGUAUCGCCGCCGCAUGGCAAGGGCCACGACGACGCGACGAAUCCUGACACCCACAUCUUCUCCAUCGUCAUGCUUGUCAAAACUGUUGGGUCUCUUCUUGGAGCACCGACCAUGGCGGCGCUGUGGGUGCGUGGCAUUGGGAUUGGGGGCCUUGCGCUUGGCAUGCCGUACUUCGUCAGUUCGGCUUGCUACGCGGUAGCCUUGGGGGUAUUUUCAGGUAUCAAAGUUGAGUGA